UUCCGGUCCAGAUGUUUUGUUUUGGUCCAGAUGUUUCAGUUCCGGUCCAGAUGUUUUGUUUUGUCCCAGAUGUUUCCGUUUCGGUCCAGAUGUUUCGUUUUGUUCCAGAUGUUUCAGUUCCGGUCCAGAUGUUUUGUUUUGUUCCAGAUGUUUCAGUUCCGGUCCAGAUGUUUUGUUUUGUUCCAGAUGUUUCAGUUCCGGUCCAGAUGUUUUGUUUUGGUCCAGAUGUUUCACUUCUGGUCCACAUGUUUCUGUCUGACUCCAGAUGUGAGGAAGUGCCUUGCUCAGAGGCAGGUUGCUCUUUGUUGUGUUUCUGUAUUUAUUGUAUAAUUUAUACAUAUUUUGCUGUUGUUGUUUGUUGUUGUUGCGCCCCCUGCAGGUGCUGCCUGUAAAUACAAACACUCCAGAAAAAUAAACUCACUGCAGAAACUCUCUUUGUUCUUCUUGUUUUGCUUCUGGCAGCAGAAUCUCUGGUUUCACACCAGCAGCUUUAAUACAUGUUUAGAUGAAUUAAAAUAUUAAAUAAAAGAUGAUUUUAUUUGUAAAUCAGCUUUAUGUGGGCUCAGUUUUCCCUGCAGCUUGUCUCACAGGAUGUUUGUUCUCCACUGAUAAACAGGAGUUUCAGAACCAAGCUGCUGUCCUUCCUCUUCAUCAGAGGCUGCAGUGACCUUUGAUCUUCUAACUCAGUCUUCUCUUGUGCUCUGCUGCUGUGUGUCAAUAUUUGAGCUGUGGUUAAACAUCAGCCCAUCAGCUGGACCUCUGUCCUUCUGUCCCUCGUCCUCCCUGCAAACAGAMGCUGGAGGACAGAAGACGGACAUGUUGUCCACAACGUUGACUCUGAGCGCUCUGCUGACCUGCUGCUCGCUGAUCCAAUGUUCAGUGUUCGUGGACAGACCCACUGCUGCGCAGCUGCUGCGCUCCUCCAGCAGGAGGCGCCGUGCCAACUCCUUCUCCCUGGAGGAGCUCCUGCCAGGAGACCUGGAGAGGGAGUGCUACGAGGAGCACUGCUCCAAGGAGGAGGCCACCGAGAUCUUCCAGACCCACGAGACCACGAUGGAGUUUUGGUUCCGAUACAUAAAUCUGAACCCCUGUCGCACAAACCCAUGUCUGAACGGAGGCAUCUGCACUCUGGACCGAGAAGACUUCCUGUGUCUCUGUCCUCCCACCUACAAGGGCAAGACCUGCGACACAGUGGUGGCAGAGUGUCGGUAUAAAAAUGGCGGCUGCCUGCAGUACUGCAGAGACCUUCCAGGGGGCGCUGAAGUUCAGUGUGACUGCGCUGAAGGAUUUAAACUGGAGAAGGAUGGGAAGAGCUGCACACCAACAGUGACAUUUCCCUGUGGUCGUCAGCAAAUGGCUGCGUUGUACAGCAGUCGCUCUCUGUUGGAUUCCUCUGAGGACGACAAUGAUACCAUGGAGAUGGACUACAUGUUGGAUUACAUCACAGACAAACGAGUUCCUGAACAUAAAACCACUCACAGAGGAGUUCCUGAACACAACGCUACACAAAGAGGAGUUCCUGAACACAACACCACACAAAGAGGAGUUCCUGAACACAACACCACAAAAAAAGGAGUUCCUGAACACAACACCACAAAAAAAGGAGUUCCUGAACACAACACAGAGUCGUCGGAGGACUCCAGGACAGUGAAUGCAACACACAGCUGGACAGGUGGGAAUGAGACGGCACAGAGGCGGCGGGUGGGGGCGGAGAUAUCUCCUCGYAUUGUGGGAGGGAACCUGGAGAAGCGAGGCGGGAGCCCCUGGCAGGUUCUGAUCCACCGGGCUGAUGGUUUUGGUUUCUGUGGAGGGACUUUGGUGUUGGACCGAUGGGUGGUCUCUGCUGCUCACUGCUUUGAAGAGUCUGCAGACUAUGUGACUAUAGGUAACUACGACAAGAAACGCUCAGAUCCUGGAGAACAGGUGAUCAAGAUCCAGGAGGUCUUUAUCCACCCUCAUUUCCAUGCCUACACCUAUGAUAGUGACAUUGCCCUCCUGUACCUGGCCCAGCCAGUCCUCAGGGGUCCUACAGCAGCCCCCGCCUGCCUUCCAGACACCCACCUGUCUCGAUACCUCUUGAGGGACGAGUUCCGGGGAGUGGUGACGGGCUGGGGGGCCACCAGGUACAUGGGGAGCUCCUCCCGCUUCCUGAGGAAGGUGACGCUGCCAGUGGUGAGCCACCAGGCCUGCAGCGCCUCCACGGAACAGGUGAUCACAGACAACAUGUUCUGUGCCGGGUACCUGGACACGGACAUGGACGCCUGCAGCGGAGACAGYGGCGGUCCAUUUGUUGUUCACUACAGAGGGACGUGGUUCCUGACUGGAGUGGUCAGCUGGGGGGAGCAAUGUGCCGCUCAGGGGAAGUACGGGGUCUACACACGACUGGGAAACUUCCUCAGCUGGAUCAGAGACACCAUGCAAAGACUGGACCAGAACAGAACCCUGAGCCUCUGAGGACGAAGGUAUCAAAUCUGGACCGGACAUGGGCUAUGACUAUCAGACCUGGGUCACAAUCAAUCCAGGAGGAGCUCCAGGAGAAAGAAAGUCCAGUCUUGUUCCUGCUGGACAAGGAGACAGUCUGAUCCAGAACAUGGAUUGAACCUGAGCAGAACUUAGUGAGUAAUGGACCUUGGUGUUGUUGAUUUGAGAAACUUUUCAGUUCUGGUUCUGUUCUGUAAAGUUGUUCACUCAGAUCCCCACUUUUAUCAGGACUGCAGAGUGGAACAAGCCACUUCCUUAUUCUUCAAUAAGCCCCGCCCAUUUUUGGGAGAGCCCAAACUGUAAAUCUGCUGACAGAGAUGUGUUGGGACUAAAACUUUGCACUUUUUCCAAUAGAAAUAAACACAUGCAGAGAA